AUGGAACAUCAGACCUCAACCACACUCCUGCAGACAAAGAGACGAGUGACUCGGUACCAGUGUAAGCUGGUCCGACGCAUUCUUCCGUUCCUCGACCUCCCAGCUGAAAUCCGCAACAUGAUCUAUGACUUGGUACUCGGGUACGGCGGUAUCGAGGCCUACUUCGACGAGCUACAUGGAUACCUCAUGAGGCCGAGAACCGAAAGGCGUGGGCAGGGGCCUCCUCUGCCACACAAGCGUACACCGGCACUUCUUGUUCUGAACAAACAAAUCUACGCGGAAGCUUCGUACAUGCUCAUGAAGCGAGGUAUCACUUUCCACCACGGCCUUCUCACUGCUAGGGAUACGACCAGGGUCGUGAGCCCGCAUCUCCUCCGACAUAUCUCCUCGAUCCACAUCACCGACGAUGGCCAUCCUAUCAUCAAAGGCAGAAUCCUUCCAGAGUCCUGGAACGGAUACAUGCGCCUCCUGAAAGAUCUGGGGAAAAUACUGGCAAAAGGUCACAACCUCAAGAACCUCACCAUCCGAUUCGGCGACGACCGUCUGCAGGAACAUAUGACGGAGUGCGUGUCUACUAGGCACGACUGCGGCUUUCGUGACCAAAUGCGCGAUGCGAUCAACUCUCUCCGCCGGGUACACAACGUCAAGAAGGUCACGCUCAUCGGCAUCAUACCAGACCAGGCUCGUGCAAUGCAGGACCGUAUGCAGAACCCUGCCAUCGGCUUUGGAGACCUCCCGCGGGAACUUCGAGACUUGAUCUACGAACAGGCGGUCGACUGGCCAGACAUCUCCAAGUCAAUCAUCCGCGCGAUGGCUAAUUGGCCCGAUCAUGUUGUCCGCUUCCCAUACCCUCGCCGUCGCAUCACACCGACAGCUCUGCUACUCAACAAACAGUUCUCCGCCGAGGCUCUUCAAGCUCUCCGGAAGAAGCCCCUCAACAUCCUCCUUCCGUGCGACCAUCGUAUCACUGACCAAGAGAAGGUGCCGAUGCUCACACGCCUCAUCUCUCGUCAGGCACUGAAGAACGUCGAGAGUAUCACCAUCCGCAUGGAGAGCUGGGAGUGGGUCUACACCAUUGAGCGGUCCUUUGCGCUCGCACUGGCAACCAGUCCUUACCUGAAGAGGUUCCGACUUGAGUACAAGGACACCUUGAAGCCUUCUUUCCUGUCGAGCGUGCACUACCCUGACAAUAAGCUGCACCUCUGCUUGAGGGAGCUGAAGCGCAUCCGCGGCCUGGAGUCGGCGACCUUCGAAGGCGAUCUCCCAUUGUGCUAUGCCGAUCCGCUCUCGAAGAUCAUGACCUCUCCACGCUACACCCGAGAGCCGCUACCGGAGCUCAAGGCCAUCAACGAGUUGGGCGAUAUGCUCAUCAUCGACGACUCGAAAGAAGACGAAUCACGCAGACACCAGCCGAUUUCGGCUGCAUAUCUGCCGGAGGCUACUACUCUCAACUGA